AAGAGCAACGUCGAUGUCGGCGGUGUAACAAUCGAACGCGCAGCACGUGAGACACGCUGUCAUCUAUGAAAUCCGAUAUACAGAAUGGCAAGUUUUUUUCUGGAAGAGGAAAAGAUUGAAAACUAGCAAUUCUCUGCUGCGAAGUUAAAUCUGCGUAUGAAGGUAAAUCGGUGUAAGUGGAGCUCGUCGAUUCGCUCGGAAGCUCGCGUCUGUGAUUGCUGAUACGUGUACAUACAUACGUAAUAUGUCGGCCAACUGCAACACUAAACACGUGAUUCUACUGAUACCAUCUGCCGCUAAGUUCAUAUGAAGUAGAAGAACUUGAAACACGGAAUCAAUUCGACGCAAGAGGAGAAAAAUAAGACAUUUAUUUUACUACGUAAACGACGCGCAGGAAAUAAAAAUCGUAAUCAUCUUGCUCUUAUUUACAAUCUACUCUCGCUCAGUGAUUAUCAAUUAUGCCUGCAGUUUAGUCAUUGUAAUAUUUGUUACAAUACGAUUUCGUCGUAAAGUAAAAUUUAACAUUUACCAAAUCGAGUAUCGCGAAAAUGAAUUCGAAAACGAAGUAAUCAAUUUGACCUCAAUUUCCGUCGCAGUUUCGAAUGAUAAAUGACGAUAGCCGAAGUGUAUAAAUUGCGAUAGAACUGGUGAGAACGCACACGACGUUUUCUCAAAUUGAUGUAGAGAGACGGCUACUCAUUAGAGAAGUGUUUGAUAAGAUAAAUCAAGUGAAGCGAGAUUGGUCGAUCGCGAUCAUCAAGAAACGCAAACAAUUCAAAACAAGAUGCUGAUAAAAGUCGGCAGACCAGCGCUCAGUCAGUUCUGGGCGAUUUUAAGAAGUGCGUCGUCGCGCACACAUACCGUCGUCAACGUCGUCAGAAUGGCGACUGGAUGCCAGGACUACGAUGGGAAAGUCGUCCCUAAGGACGAGGUCAUCAGAUUUAUCGAAAAUUGCAUGCGCAAAGCCGGCACCACGCCGGAAGACGCUCACGCCGUCGGUCACCAUCUGAUGACGGCGGAUUACAGAGGUCAUUUCAGCCACGGGAUGAACCGCAUGCAAAUGUAUGUGACGGACAUCGAAAACAGGAUCACCGAUCCUACCGCCCGGCCGCAAAUCGUCACCGACUUUCAGGCGAUAGCACUCGUAGACGGUAAGAACGCGCUGGGUCAAGUGGUCGGUAAAUAUUGCAUGGAGCUUGCCAUAGAGAAGGCCAAGAAAUUCGGCAUCGGCAUGGUGGCGGCGCGCGGUUCCAAUCACUACGGCAUCUGCGGCUACUACACUUUGAUGGCGAUGGAGAAGGGCCUAAUCGGCUUUACGUGCACCAACACGAGCCCACUUAUGGCACCGACACGCAGCAUGAAGGCUGGCUUGGGAACGAAUCCCUUAUCCUUGGGCAUGAGUGCCUGCGACGGCGACCAAUUUGUCCUCGACAUGGCGACCACCGCCGUUGCUCUCGGCAAGAUUGAGCUGGCCAUACGAAAGGACGAAGACAUCCCCGAGGGAUGGGCACUCGCAUCGGACGGCAAGGUGACUCGCAAUGCCGAGGAGGCCUACAAUGCUUCCAUGUUGAUGCCGCUCGGCGGUACAGAGCGCAAUUCUGGAUACAAGGGUUACGGUUUGGGCCUGAUGGUCGAGACACUAUGCGGCGUUCUGAGCGGAAGUCAAUUCGGGCCGAACAUUCGACCCUGGAAAACCGGCGACAGGAUCGCCGAUCUGGGACAAUGCUUUAUGGCGAUCAAUCCGGAGGCGUUCGCAAGCGGCUCGAAGGAGAGGUUGUCGACCUUGCUGAAACAGUUGAGAGACUUGCCCACCACCGGCGAGCAGCCCGUUCUGAUCGCCGGCGAUCCCGAGAGGCAACAUAUGAGGAAGGUCGACAGCGAGGGUGGAAUCACGUAUCAUCCGAAUCAGCUGAAAGCCUCGGAAGAGUUCGCCGAGCACAUGGGUGUGCAACCGAUGAAGCUCGUUUCUAAAUCUACUUGAUCUUCUUUGCUCGCACGAGGAAAAAAUCGACGAGUCAAUAAACUUUAUCCAUUCUAUUUUAUUGUAUUUUAUAAACUUUGGCACGAAAUAUGAAAAAUAACCUGAAAUUAAUUAAGCACGUUUUAUAUUUCUUGAUAAAUCGUUAUAUUAAUCGAUACUAAUAUUAAUUUACGUUAUGUAAUAUUUUUUUCACCAUAAAACAUUUAUUUUUUAUGCGCUUUAUGCGGGAUGAUUGUUUUUUGCGUUUGAAAACGUGAGAGAUAUCGUUGAUGUAAGAUUUAUAAAAGUCGAUUGUCUCAAUCACUGGUUGCGAGUUGUACGUGCAAUGUUUAUGGUGAAUCAGUUCGUAUGUGCUAUUCGAUGAUUUGACGGGCAACGAUGUACAUUGCGAUGACAUAACAAGCGCUGCGGUUUGAUCGCCGGUCGAUGAUGAUGACGACCUUGGACUUGUCCGCUCGUUCUCGAUUACAGUUGUUACGUCUUUGCGAGUGGGUGUCGUCGAUAAUAUGAAACUCGCCUGAUUAUCGGAAACAAAUAAGUCGCAAAACAUCCGAACGUUAGAUCGUCAUUUUAUUCGUGUUACAAAUUAAUUACACUUUCUAUCAACAUAUUGACGAUCUCCCGUAGAAAAACUAUCUGCCAUAAAAGCGCAUAUAAAAAUUAAUAUUACAGAAAAUAACACACAAACAUGUUGAUUUUGAUAAAAUAAUUGCGUGGCUCAGAGUGUUGUAUUUACAACAUUAUUUUUGCAUGAUAUUUUGAUACAUAUUUGUCUUAUAAUAAUAUAAUCUGUAAUGUGACACUGUU